GGGGUCGGAGCCCGCGGGCGGCAGAGCGCAGCGGCGGCAGAGGGCGGGCCACGCGGUGCCGGGCGCCCGGGGCAGCCUGAUGCCCUGCCCGCCCGGCCGGAUCGCAGCGGCCGGGGCAGCGCUCCCCUUUCCCCUUCGCUGCAGGUGGCUGCCCGCGGCCAUGGAGCCCGGCUUGCGGGGGCAGCGGGCCGGCCGGGGCUGAGCGCCGAGCCGCCCCGCGCGGGCGGGCCAUGCCCCAGGGGCCGGGCUCGGCGCAGGGACCGCUGCCAAACUUCUCCGCCAGCCGAGCGCCGCCCGUGCCUAGGCAGCGCCCCGGCCCGCCGGACUCGGGGUCCCCGCCGGCGGCGGCGGCGGGGGCCGGGGAGAGACUCCACAGCUCCUGCCCGAGCUCGUCUGCUGCUGUCCCGGGCCAGCCGCGGCGCGCUGCGCUCACCAUGGUCGGCGCCGGCCGGGGGCUCCUGAGCCUGCUGCUCCUGCUGCGGCUCCCGCCGGUCGCGGCCGCCGCCGCCAAGGCGCCCGUGUGCCAGGAGAUCACGGUGCCCAUGUGCAAGGGCAUCGGCUACAACCUGACCUACAUGCCCAACCAGUUCAACCACGACACGCAGGACGAGGCGGGGCUGGAGGUGCACCAGUUCUGGCCGCUGGUGGAGAUCCAGUGCUCCCCGGACCUGCGCUUCUUCCUCUGCAGCGUCUACACCCCCAUCUGCCUGCUGGACUACGCCAAGCCCCUGCCGCCCUGCCGCGCCGUGUGCGAGCGGGCCAAGGCCGGCUGCUCGCCCCUCAUGCGCCAGUACGGCUUCGCCUGGCCCGAGCGGAUGAGCUGCGAGCGGCUGCCGGCGCUGGGGGACCCGGACACGCUCUGCAUGGAUUACAACCGCAGCGAGCCCACCGCCCCGCCGCCCGCCCUGGCCAAGCCCACCCGCGCCUCCAGGGGGCCCCAGAGGAGCCUCGCCCCGGGCGGCGGCGCGGACUGCGGCCGGGCGUGCCGCUGCACCGAGCCCUUCGUGCCCAUCGCCCGCGAGUCCCACCCGCUCUACAGCAAGAUCCGGACCGGCCAGGUGCCUAACUGCGCCGUGCCCUGCUUCCAGCCCUACUUCACCCAGGACGAGAAGACCUUCGCCAGCUUCUGGAUCGGGCUCUGGUCCAUCCUCUGCUUCCUCUCCACCUCCACCACCGUGGCCACCUUCCUGAUCGACAUGGAGCGGUUCCGCUACCCGGAGCGGCCCAUCAUCUUCCUCUCCGCCUGCUACCUCUUCGUCUCGCUGGGCUACAUCGUGCGGCUGGUGGCCGGCCACGCCAGCGUGGCUUGCAACCAGGAGUACCGCCACGUGCACUACGAGACCACGGGCCCCGCGCUCUGCACCACGGUCUUCCUCCUGCUCUACUUCUUCGGCAUGGCCAGCUCCAUCUGGUGGGUGAUCCUGUCCCUCACCUGGUUCCUGGCCGCCGGCCUGAAGUGGGGCAACGAGGCCAUCGCCGGCUACUCCCAGUACUUCCACCUGGCCGCCUGGCUCAUCCCCAGCGUCAAGGCCAUCGCCGUGCUGGCGCUGAGCUCGGUGGACGGGGACCCGGUGGCGGGGGUCUGCUACGUGGGCAACCAGAACCUGGGCAACCUGCGGGGCUUCGUGCUGGCCCCCCUGGUGGUCUAUCUCCUCACCGGGACCCUCUUCCUGCUGGCGGGCUUCGUCUCCCUCUUCCGCAUCCGCAGCGUCAUCAAGCAAGGGGGCACCAAGACCGACAAGCUGGAGCGGCUGAUGAUCCGCAUCGGCAUCUUCACCGUCCUCUACACGGUGCCGGCCACCCUGGUGGUGGCGUGCUACGUGUACGAGCAGCACUACCGGGAGAGCUGGGAGGAGGCGCAGAACUGCUCCUGCCCCGGCGACCCGCGCAAGCCCCGGCCGGACUACGCCGUCUUCAUGCUCAAGUACUUCAUGUGCCUGGUGGUGGGCAUCACCUCGGGCGUGUGGAUCUGGUCCGGGAAGACGCUGGACUCCUGGCGGCGGUUCACGGGGAAGUGGUGCCGGGGGAGGAAGCCCUCCAUGGGCACCGAAGCCGGCUCGGCUCUGACCGGGCGGGCUGGGGUGGCGCCCUCCGCUUCCUACCGCAAACCCGUCCCGCUCUCUCAGGUGUGACGAGCACCCGGCUGGCUCUCGGGGCCGGGCCGGGCCGCCCCGCUCCAGGCUUUGCGGCGCGCCAGGGGGCGCGGAGGGCGGCGGCUUCACCCCGCACUUUGGGCCGGGCGGGGGAUCCUGCUGGGACGUGCCCGAGGCCCACCGGCCGAAGGGGGGAAGCGCUGCCUGCUGAGGCCGGCCACGCCGGAGGUACAGCCCCGCCGAGGGCCGCUGCACGAUACCUGGGCUUGCGGGUAACUCCAGCCCAUCUGUUGCGCCCUUUCUCUAGGGCUGGCUGGGAGAUUUCAGGCCGAGCUGGCCCCGGGCGGAGGCAACAGAAAAGGGAGCCCGUUGAACGGAGACUUUUAGAAGAUCAACUUCCAGUGUCACUUGUAAACAAACCCUGGCGGGGGGAGGGGGAAAUACACGCGUGGCUUUCGUGGCCCUUUUACAGAAACUUGCUGCCUUUCCCGCGGGUGCGUGGGACGGGCAGGCACCGAAGCAGGACCGUUCUUGGGCGAGUCCCUGGCCAGCGCCGAGAGCAGAGACAGCCCGAGCCGGGCCCGGGCCUGUGGAUGAGCUGGACCCGCAGGGUGAAGCCAGGCGGACGGUCAGCGCCCGGCAAGCCGGGGCGGGGGCGGGGGCGGGGGAAGGGGUUUCCAACCCUUCGUUAGGGAUCCCGAGAUUUUUAAACUAAUUCCUUCGGUCAAGGGCUUCCUGCGGGAAGGCCAGACCCCGCUGGCUGCGGAGCGAGGCAGGGACGCAGCCGUCGCACAGCGAUGCUUGAAUCCAGGGCGUGCGAACGCCGAGCCCGCCCGGCUCCCUGGCCAGGGACCAUCCCAGCGCCCUUCCCCAGGCAAGGCGGGGGGCAGCCCCCUCUCGCCCUGCGCGCCCCCACUUCCUUCGGCCGCGUGGGGCGUGUUUCAAGCUCACGGAGCUCAGCGGAAGCGUGACUCGCAGUUUAAGUCAGCCUGUUUAAAACGGAGCCAGUCGCCCGGGUUAGUAAAGCAGGUGGGAGGGGAGGGAAGCAAGCGCAGGGUGCAGUUACAAAAACCAAGUGUCCUUACACGGGGGGCUUCUCAUCCCCCCUUAAGGGGAAGGGGAUGGCGCCCCUGGGUGCUAAAGGUCGUUUAUUGGCGCUGCGCAUUCAAAGCCUAACCGCGUUUGCAACCUGGAAGUUUUGCCGCCGUCUUGAGCAGGGCAAAGGUCGGUGCCUGCCCCAGCCUGCCAGGGUGGAGUUCACUGCCGCCUUUUCUCCCGCUUUCCCUCCCGUUUCUUGCGGUGGGUUAGGGCCCCACUGCCUGGCACGCGAGAGCCCGCUCUUAGCGGAAAGGCUCCGUCUCCGGGCGCACGCUGCCAAGCCCGGGCGGGCUGGGCUUGCCCUGGCCGCAGGGGGAGAUGCCGAGCGGCUGCUCAAAGCAUCGCUUAGCCUCGGCCGCUGCCGCCGGCAGUAGCCCUGGUCCUGGUUUUCACGCCCACCGGGGAACGAGGGGUCGAUUGAAACCGGCUCUGGCAUUUCCCCCUCCGCUCUGUUCCCGGCAGGCUGCCGUCCGCAUUCAGCAGUCGGGCUGGGCAGCUGCUGGGAACAGCGGCCCCCCGGACGGGCAGUGGGGCUGGAGUGUGGCCGGGCUAAAACGCUCGAAAGCCAAAGCAGCGGCCGCUUGCGCUGCUCCCCCGGCCGGGCUCUGCCGGCAGCUGUGGGCAGAACAGGGGCGCUCUCCGCCCGGCUGCCCCGACUUGGACCAGCUACUCUGGGGCCCUUUCCCUUUAGAUCCCAUUUGAAAAAGGAGAGGCCUUAGCAGGAGCACGUGUAGCUUUGCCUCAGCUCGUGUCAUUUCACCGGCGGCUAGGACUCUGCUGAGCGGCCAGGGAGCAACAGGCCAGUUUGCCUGUGGUUUUCGGCCGGUGGGGGAGAGACGAUCGCCUCGCCCCCUCCCCUGGGAAGCUGGCGGGAGCGCCCCACGGCUCCCUGCUCCUGAAGGUUGCAGGAGUGCCAGUGAGAGGGAGCUUCCCCUCCCCCUGCAACUGCCUGACCCCGAUGCAGAUGCAGUAGCUUACUCCCGUGAAGGCAGCCAGGGCCCAGCAGGCCCGAGUCACAGGACCGAGCGAGGCUGGAGGAAGGAGCUAUUGUCAAACGGGGCAGCCCGCUUUACCCAGAAGCGGGAGCUGGCUGUCAAGCUCCUGGCUGCUAAGAAGCCCCCCCCCCGUCCCUGCACCAGCCUCCAGCUCUGAUGCAAUGUGUCAGUAGCCCAGCACCAGCUUUCGGACUAUAACGUGGUGCAGCUUUAAAGCGGGCACUGACCGUGAGCACUCAGUCAGGGGGGCCCCCAUGGCAAGGGGGCAGGGCUGAUGCAUCGACCUUCUCUAGGCAGCACCACCACUGACCUGCACUCCCCAGGCUCAAAAAUGGACACAGCUCCUCCCCGCAGCGGCAGGAUAUUUCAAUGACCUGCUUUUCCUCCUCUCCCCCCUCCCCCCCAACUCCAGCGGCCCCUUUCGCUUGGUGGGCAGCAGAGGGAGGGGGAAAGCUCUAAUAAACCCUGAUUUCCCACAAGCAGCUGAAGGCACGUGUUCUGCACCACCUCAGAUGGCCGCUCCAGCCAGGCGGCGCCAGAGAGCAACCGCUCAGGUAGCGGAACUCCCCAGGCAUGGGCAGGGUUUGAAAGCUCUACACGCCCCCUUCCUCCCAAGGUAGCUCUGUAGACAAGCUCUCCGCCCCCUGCAGAAACAAAGGGAUGGGAAGCCAGCCUGCUACCAGCCAGAAAACCAAGGAUGGCCAGGUCUUGCCUAUCCAGUGGGGUGAGGCAGUUAUGAACAAGCCACCACCAGCUUGACAAUAACUUCCCCCAGCACAAGGGAGCAGCAGCUGGGACCCAGGGGCACUGCAAUGCAGUGAGUGUACAGUACUUCACCUGGAGACGGUUCUGUUACACCCUGUAAAUAAUUGUACUAGGGAAUCUGGUCUGUAUAUACUAGAGAGUGUUAGUGAACUUUGAUACGGGUUUGUUCUCAUUAAACAAGGCAGCUUCAGCCUAGCUACACUGGGGCUAGUAGUGGAGUGUAGUCCAGGGCCCUGACUCAUAUUCAUGCCAUCUUAACUGGGUCUUGCUGUAAUGGCCUUUUGUAGACACAGCUAGACACGCUUCAUGCAAUACCUCGAACGACUUUUCUUCAAGUGUAACUGCCUCAGUGUAGGUUUGUUUUUUAAAUGAGCUGCAAACUGUGGACUGCUGAAAAACGUGAGCAUAGUUGAAGCAAGGGGCAGGGUAGCUGUGGCCUAGUGAAAUCUUUGCUACAGACAAUCAUAACGGCUGAAGCUUUACUUGCCCCUUGCUUUCAGGAUUCUCCCAAGCUUUCACCACGGCACUGCGAGUGGCAGCAACUAAAAGCAGACGUUUUGUGCCACAGGGGGUAGGGCUAACACAUACGCCUUAGACUUCACCUCCUUCACUUGCUGACCCUGUGACUUUUUUUUGUUUUUAAGAAGUAAACUUUGUAUGUAUUCUAUUUUGUGAAAAGUUGAAGAAAAUCUGAGAUUUUAUUCAAAGAAAAAAAUAUGGAGAUUAGCUAUUUAUGAGAAAACAAAAGUGUCUAUUUUUGUUUCUUUGUUCCUGAUGAUGGUAGAGCAAAAUAAAACAAACAGAGGGGAAAA